AAUAAAAUUGAUUCCUCCGUGGCAAUAUCUAUAUAAAUAUUUUCCCUUUUCUUUCGCUGCAUGUGGACAUUUUAGCAUAGAUAAGAGUUUUGCGGUUGGUGGGUGGGUAUGAUACUAAUCCACUCAAUAGCUUUAAAUGUUAAGGAAAAAGUAUUUUCAUUCACCACCGAACAGAUCCUACAGAAAAAACCAUAGUUGCUUUUUGAGUAACCUCUUUUGAAGGUUCCAUCUUCAAUCUCCUUUGAAGCAUGGCCUACUACAGCUCUUCUUAUUCUGGAUCUGAUCAUGGUGAGUUCAAUUUCAACUCUUAUCCUGUCAAUUAUGAUUAUUCUCAAGUUCCAUCCUUUAUGACUUACAAUAAUAGCUAUAACUACAAUUAUCAACCAAAUUAUGGGUAUGAUUCAAGUUUGUAUUUUUCUCCUAAUAAUUACUACUCUGAUCAUCAUAGUAGUUACCAAACCAUAGCAUAUUCUGCGACCACUUUUAGUGACUCAAAAUCAAUUGUAUAUGAUCCUAAUUAUGGUAUGACUCAGUUUGUGAUCUCUUACUCUACCUUGGAAUUUAAUGAGCCUGAAUUUGAUGAAUAUGAUCCAACACCUUAUGGUGGUGGUUAUGACAUUUCUGAAACCUAUGGUAAACCUCUAACACCUUCUGAUAAAAUUUGUUAUCCUCGUUCUGGCUCCAAUUCAAUUCCAAUUAUUGUUCCUGAGAAAGAGGCAAUUAUUGAUGAGAAACCAACCAAACCCCAAAUUGAAACCAUAGAAGAAACUGUUAUAGAAAAGCCACAGUUACAAGAUAGUAGUAUAAAAGAAACUAGUGAGCCUUAUGAAGAUGAAGACAGUGAUGAUAGUGAGGAAAAUCAUGAUGAUAACUAUUCAGGGUCUAGUUAUGGAAGUGGAUUUGGUAAUGGAUACAAUGGAGGAGAGAUUGAUGAGCCCGAGAAGCAAGUGGUUACUGAAUAUCCUAGUGGAUAUGGAUUGGAAACUUUGGAUAUAUGUGAAAGUUUGUUUGGGAAUUGGCCUUGUUUGUCAAAGAUGAAGAGAGAAAAUUGUUGUGAAAAUGGAGGAAUUAAUAGAGGUAACAAUUACUACUGUCAGGAGAAUAUGUGGAAAGGGACUGCAGAUUAUCUGUUUGGUAAUCCAUAUCCAUAUGGUGGGCGAAAGGAUGACGAAUAUGGAGGAGAACUUAUGUAUGGCUAUGGAAAUGGAAGAAGAUAUUGAUUGGGCCAUUCAAGUUAAAGAUUGAUUAGACUGAUGAAUCAUUGUGACGUAAUAAAACAUACUCUUUUCCUACAAAAGUUGAUGUAUCUAAAAGAAGUUGAAGGUGUAAAGCCUGUCUUUAUUGUAAUAAAUGUGAAAAUUUGAUUGAAUGAUGUAAAAAUAAUAGAUUUUCAUGGUAGGCUUUUUUGCCAUAAUAGUAAGGCUCUAGUUCGUAAUAGGUUGCUCUGAACUAGUGUAAGUAAGAGCCAGUAAUUUCAUGAAUCAUUUUCUGCUCAAAGGGGUUUUUGUUUUUAUAAAAUGAUAUUGAGCAU